AAGCAUCUGUGAAGCAUUUUGACACACGUUACGAUUGGUGGUAUAGUGCCUGCCCCAUUUGUGUAAAACAAAUGCAUAAGGACCCAACAACUGCACAGCUAAUUUGUCAAAAACACCCAAAUCAAAUUCCAACACCUUGUUUAGAAUCAAUUAAUUUUUCGCUCUGUCAAUGGUAUAAGGUCAAUCUGAUACUCGAAGAUGAAACCAAUGAGAUUGAUGCUUUGAUAAUUGGAAAAUGUGGUGAAAAACUUUUUGGCAUGAGCUGCAAAGAUUUGGUUCUGAAUCAGACAUUGGUGGACCAUCAGCAAUUACCAAAUGAAUUUCUUAGACUAAUCGGGCAAAAGAAAGUUUUCCAUCUGCGGUUUGGAAAUAGAAGAAAUAAUAUCAAUCCAAGCAAUGUCCUCAUUCACAAUGUAACCGACGAUACAACCAUGCAACCAGCAACUCCACUGCCUUUGCCAAGAGAAAUCACAAGGUCUUCCACGACGGUUUAG